GCCCCAUUAUCGCACUGACAGUUCGUCCGUUCGCAUUCAAAUCACCGAAAUCUGAGAACAAAAUAAUACUUUAACGCAUACCGACGCCGCCGUCGUUUCUAUACGUUUCAUAUCUUCCAUAUCGCUGCAGUAAUUAACGAUACUAAUAUUAUAUAAAAUGCGUUUCGCGAGUUGCGCCGUGUUGGCCUUGUUGCCGUUCUGCUUGCAUGCCGCUGUCGUCGUGUCCGGCGAAAACAACUACCUGCAACAAGAAGACGCACCAAAGGAGUCAACUGGAAACGGAAACUGGGCGAUGGUCGCCAGAAUGGCCGACGAGUGUGCCAAGGAUGUGGAUACGGCUGCCUGUGUUGCCGCCAAAGCAGCAGCUGCUCUGGAGAGAGCAGCCCGAGCUACCAGUUCCGUGCAAGUGUUGCCUGGUCUUACGGUAAUGAAGAACACCGAUGAAGGGUCGUCAUCGCAGCGGGAUUCGCGCGCUCUGCCCACCGAGGACGAGCUCCGUGGACAGUUGCAACAACAGCCRUCAAAGGUAACCGACAUGGUAGUCAACUCAGCCAUAAGAUUCCUCCAGUCCAGAACCCUGCAACUUAAGUUCCCGCAAACCAACCCCGAAGAGCUGUCCCGAGCUAUCGAAGAAGGCCGUGGAAAACUCAAGAAAAAGAUGUUGCCAAUCUUGGGAUUCUUGGCCGUCAAAAUCGUUGCUGUAUUGCCAAUCCUUUUGGGAAUCAUCGGAUUCUUCGCACUCAAGGCGUUGGUGUUCGGAAAGUUGGCUUUGCUCAUCGCCGGWCUGAUGGCGUUCCAGAAGUACGCUGGUGCAUCCGGUGGCUUUGGAAAGAUCGCAGACACAUGGAGUGCCGGUAAUGUUCAAGCUAGCCCAUGGGCCGCAUCUGCCGCCCCUAGCACCAACGGUGGUGGUUACUACAGACGUAGCAUGCAAGAGGCCCAACAGAUGGCGUACAACGGACAAAUUCAACCGUCCGCCCAGACCGUCGCGUAACACUACCCCGUAUAAAAAUGCACUUUUAACUUUACUGCAAAUCACAUUCUCUAAAUUUUUUUCUCCCUUUCUCUCUCGUAUCGAACAAAUGAACAUUAUUUAUAACGACUAUUUAUAGUCUUUUCAUUUUUUUUUUUUUUUACAUUUUUUGUAGUCUUGCGCAUCAGUUAUUAGAUACAAAUCGGAUGGUGUGACAUCUGCAUGUUACAAUAAAUUAUAAUAUUAUCUUGCGAACGUGUCCAUCGUCGGGAAUCGACAUACACCGUGUAUGCAGACUCACGACGUGGAUACGUUCGCAACACUCGGUAUUAGAUUAUUGUUACUCACAGAUAGCCGAGUAACUUUUUGCCAUAUUAGUCUUUAGUUUUCGUGAAAAAAAGACUUAUAUCUUAUACCCAAUACUGUAACCACAAAAAAGGCAUCUGACGAAAAGUUACCGGCUCGUGUUUAGCCAUAGUGGCUGAUUUUUUUUCAAACACAAAAA